CCCCUUCCUCACGACCCGCUGCGCCGGAACUUGGAUACGACAUGCCGCCGACGCGUUCGCUCGAAAAGGAACAUGACAGCCGGGUGGGCGAUGUUGAGGCGGACGAGCAGCAGCUUACGGGCGACGAGGAAUUUGGCGGGACAGAGGCUCGGAAGAAGCUCGAGAAAAAGCUCCUUCUCAAGCUCGAUGCGCGCAUGUCUAUCUUGAUCGUAAUCUACAUCCUCAACUACAUUGAUCGUAACAAUGCAUCAGCAGCGAGAUUGCGUGGUCUCGAGGAUGACCUCCAUCUCAAGGGGACCGAAUUCAGCACCUUGCUGAGUAUCCUCUAUGUCGGAUACAUCCUCAUGCAGAUACCAUCGAACAUGUUCCUCAACUACAUUGGGAAACCCUCAUUAUACCUCCCCAUUUGCAUGGUCAUCUGGGGCAUGAUCUCGACUUUGACUGGUAUCACGACGAACUUCGUUGGCGCUCUUCUCACGCGAUUCUUCCUUGGAUUUGUGGAGGCUGCAUUCUUCCCCGGAGCUCUGUUCCUGCUAUCGAAGUGGUACAAGCGAUCUGAGCUCGGUCUCCGCACUGCGGUGCUGUCUUGCGGUAGCUUGAUCAGCAAUGCUUUCGGCUCUCUGAUUGCCUCUGGUAUUCUUGAUGGAAUGGAGGGGAAGCUCGGACACUCCGCCUGGAGGUGGCUCUUCUUCAUCGAGGGUGCCCUUACGAUGUUCUUUGCAAUCGUUGCCAUCUUCAUUCUUCCUGACUUCCCCGCCACUUCGCACACAUGGCUAAGCCCCCAAGAAGUCCGCCUUGCCCAAAAGCGUAUGGAAGAGGACGUCGGUGUCGGCGAUGAAGCGUCCGCCGAGUCCGGCGGAAAGUUUGACGGCCUCAGCAUGGCCCUCACCGACUGGAAGGUUUGGUGGCUCGCGCUCGCUCUCACCAGUUUGGUCGUCUCCCUCUCGUUCAACGCGUUCUUCCCGACGCUCAGCGCCACCAUGGGCUACAACUCCACGAUUACGCUCCUGCUCUGCGCACCACCUUGGGUGUUCGCCACGAUCGUCGCAUUCGCCAUGAGCAGACACUCGGACCGUUCUCGUGAACGGUUCUGGCAUAUCGCGAUCCCUCUGUCCUUGGGUAUCGUCGGCUUCGUGAUUGCUAUCUCGACCAUGAAGCUCGCGGCCCGUUACGUCUCUCUGUUCCUUAUGGCGCAAUCGUAUGCCGGCUUCAUUAUCUUCCUGGCAUGGAUCAGCAACACUAUCGCUCGUCCUCCUUCGAAGCGGGCCGUCGCGCUCGCCUUUAUCAACGCGUUCUCGCAGCUCGGCAAUAUUGCCGGAUCGUACGUGUGGCCGAAGAACUGGGGCCCUACGUACAGGCACUCGUACGCGAUCUGCAUAGCGACAAACGGCCUAUGCAUCGUGAUGUGCUACAUCUUCAAGUUGCACCUCGAGCGGGAAAACCGCAAGUUCGCGAAGAAGGAAGAGGAGGAAGGAAGGCCCGAGGGCUUCCGUUACAUUUCAUGAGUUCACGCGCGCCACGACUUGCAUUUCCGCGCUACGAUACCGUCACGUAUCCCUAUCUAUCCAGGUAUACUGUAUUAUCUAGCACCAAUUUGAUGUAGUCUCCUGGGUCUCUCUGUCACAGACAAGGUGUCGUAUACCUCAAGCUACGCUGAAUGACCAUAGCCGGACAUGUCCAAC